CCUCUGUAGUUGCGGUUUAAAUUAGCCACGUAUGUUUACUCUGGUUUACGAAACAAUUUACCCAUCUUUCUGAUGGACUGUGAAACCUAGGGUUUCUCAAUUAAGAAAAAUCAAGCUUUUCUUCAACUCUAAUCAGAUAAUUGAAUUCACAGGUGCAAAUGGGCAGGGACAGAAAACGUAGAGAAGGGUCGUCUUCAUCAUCUUCAAGGCUCGAUUACAAGAAACGACAUCGUUCUGCUUCACUUGUACAUAAUGACUCACCCGCUGGUAAACACAAAGUGGGUAAGCGUCCAACGUUUGCUUCUUAUUUAGAUACACCCAAUUUGCCCCCUAAAGUUAAAUUACUAUGUGAAAUUAUUGCAAAUACCCCUUCAUUAAGUAUUGAAAAGGUUCUUGAUGAUACCGGUGUCAGGGUUUCCCAAGAAGAAGUUGAACAAGUCUUAAAAUUGUCUUAUGGCUUUCCGGGCCCUUCAGUUAAGUUCUUUAGGUGGGCUGGUUAUCAGUUGAAUGAUACUCAUAGCCCUUAUUCUUGGAAUUUGGUUGUUGAUUUGUUGGGUAAGAAUUCUUUGUUUGAGGCAAUGUGGGAUGCAAUUAAGUCGAUGAAGACAGAAGGGUUGCUUUCGUUGGCUACGUUUGCAUCUGUGUUUAGUAGUUAUGUGAUUGCUGAUCGGGUUCCGGAAGCGGUUUUGACUUUUGAUGUGAUGGAGCAGUAUGGGUGUCCGUGUGAUAUUUUGGCAUUAAAUUCUCUUAUUAGUGCGAUUUGUAGGGAAGGUAAAGUGAUUGAGGCUAGGGAUUUUCUUGAUGGUGUUAAGGGGCAGGUAAGGUUGGAUUCGGAUACAUAUGCUAUUUUGUUAGAGGGGUGGGAGGAUGAGAAGGAUUUGAAUAAUGCUAGGAGAACUUUUGGUGAGAUGGUGCUGGAUAUUGGGUGGGAUCCUAACAAUGUGCCUGCUUAUGACUCGUACCUUAGUACUUUGCUUAGGGGGCCUGAUGGUAUUCGUGAGGCUUUUAGAAUUUUUGAUACAAUGCAGAGUAGGGGAUGUUGUCCAGGAAUUAAGUUUUUGAAGGUUGCUUUGAAGGAGUGUGUAAGAAAGGGUGAUGCUAAAGCUGCUGAGUUGCUCUGGGAGGCAAUGGUUGAUAGAAAUAGGUGCGAGGCGGAUACGGAGAUGUAUAACUCUAUGAUUGCCUUACAUUGUUAUGUCAACGAUAUAGAUCUGGCUUUGGGAUUGAUGGAUCGUAUGGUUUAUAAUGGUGCUUUCCCUGACGGUCAAACUUAUAAUGUUUUAUUGCACUUCCUUAUUAAGUUAAAACGGCUAAAAGAAGCCUCGGCUUUAUUCUUAGAGAUGACUCAGAAUGAGUGUGUGCCGACCCAUGAAAAUUGCAGUUCAGCAAUCAGGGUUUAUGUGGAUACUGGUGAUCUCUAUACCGCUAUCAAGAUUUGGAAAUGUAUGAUUGAGAAUUACGACUCAGAUCUGGAGGAAGCAGGAAAUAUGUUGGUUGUUGGCCUUCGUGAUCGCAAGAGGCUCCCUGAAGCCGUAAAGUACGCUGAGGAUAUGAUUGAUCGGAAAAUCAAGUUGAACUCCUCCACAUUGUCAAAGUUAAAGCAGGGUCUCUCUAAAGCAGGAAAGGAACCAGUUUAUGAUCAACUGUUAAGAAAAUGGAAACUUCAUUAAUGAGGUAUUGAGGUAAUGAGUUGGAAGUAGGAAGGAACAUUCUUCUCGAGACUGGUGAAUUUGUUACUGUAACAAUGUUAUUUAAAUUUCUUUCUAGUGCAAAAUAAUUAUGUCAAAGGUGCAGCAUCCAAUAUUUUUGAAGGAAUAAUUACUUUUGCUGCAAGGAUUAAUCAGAGGAUUUGAUGGUCUGCAUUGUAGAUGAGUGCUCCCCACGCAUUUGGACAAGUUCUUAUCUUCCUCCUCGAUCCUCCGCAGCUGUUCUCGUGCCAUUCUUCCUGUCAUUGUGCCUGUGCCCUUGUGAUGGAAACCCACAAAGCUCACCACGAAAUCUCGUCGGAGUAGGAGCAGUCUUGCGAGACUCAGGCUAGCAACACAACAUCACUCUCCUUCUCCAGUAGCUUUCGCUUCCCUUGCUUCAUCCUUUUAUUUUAAAGGAAGGAGAAAUUGAAGAGAGCUUUGUUCCGUUUCGCUGAAGCAAGAAUGAUGUUAAAGGAAGGUUGAUGUGCUACAAACAAGAUUGGACUAGUGGCUUCAUGUCAGGUGUAAGGAAGUUGAGAACUGAGGUCCUCAAGCCGCGUUAGCUAGAAAUACAAAGGCAUCUGACAUUAAUAUUGCAGUAAGUUUCAUCAGGGGGGUGUGCUGUUGCCGAAAAGAAGGCAGAUAGCUUUAGAAAGGAGUCAUCUAUACAUGGAAAAGACCACACGAAAGCGAGGGCGACCUAGAAUUGAAGUCACACAGGAUGUGUUGGAAGCACGUCGUUUAGCUAGACAACGCUACAAUGCUCGUCGUACAGAAGUGGCCACCAAUACAGCUGCUAUUCUGCUGAAGCCCAGAAGUGCAGUUUCAGCAUCCGAGUUCCCGCGAAGACGUACCAACAUCAACAAGAAAAAGGCAGAUUUUGGCAAGUGUUUGUAUAUGUGAUAAAACCUAAUUAUGCCUUUAUAAAGUGAAUAUCACAAUAACGUUGACUUAUGUUGGCCAUGUCUAGCAACCAACAACACAAAGUUGGACAUUGGUGCCCAGGAUCAGGUACAGAGUCAAAUGCGGUUCACUUGCUGGAACACAUAAAAUCUUCCAAAGACAGAGAGUUGCAGGUAUGACUACACCAACUCAAAGCGAGGGAGACCUGUAUUCAACAGCGAACUCUUCGGAGAGUCUUGUAGACCCUAUACACUACAGCUUAUCACAAAGCUUGCCAUUGGAAGAGAGAUAUAAGCUUGAUCGGGACUGGAAACGUAAUGAGGCGGAGCACUCUUAUUCAGAGGCAAAAAAAAACUAUGAGCUACACAUGGGACUACAGGUACAUAAUAAGACAAUCCGAAAACAUGUUGCCGAUUUAAAAGCAGGGAACACUUCUCUGAGCUCACAGGCUCAAGAAACCAAAUCUUUGGUGGAUAAUCUCACCGCCUACAAGGGACAUCUGGAGGAGGACAGACUCCGUGAAUUGCUUAUGCUCCAGUGGCGAUUAAAUGGGAGUGCUGCAGAAUUAGAAGAAGGUAAAAGCUUCCUAAAUGAUCUCAUAGACACUGAGAAUGGAGGCCGAUCUUAAUGACACCAUUUGUGCCACUGCUCAACAAUGCUGCUUUCAUUUCUUCAAGGCGAGAAUCCAGCCAAACCGGAUGUUUUCUUUGUUUUUGUGUUUUUUUCAUUGGCUGAAUAACCGGAUAUAUGGCAAUAUCAAAUAUGGUGUGUUUUUUUUUCUGAGCAAAAAAGUGGUGUGUUUUAGUUGAAUUUCCUUCACAAUUUCGUCGCCGCUUUCGGCUUUGCACCUCAAAUGUAGUUCCAUUUUCUUUAGUUGGUGAAAUAAAGAAACGUUUGUAUCUAAUGGAUGAGUGAAGAAUUGGAUUUGAACAUAAAUUGGUCUCCAGCUUUGGCAUUCUAAACAGACAUGUAUAUUCACGAUAGCUGUAUCGGGCAAUCGAACCAAAUAUUCAAAUUCAUUAAUACAAGUAAUGUUUAGCA